AUGAGCACAAGUCCUGACGAAUCCAGUAGUUCUGUGAUGGCCACAUUCGAAAAAGCCAGUUCCUCCGACAAUUCACUGACGAACAGCGCGGAUUCGACGAAAAUUCCGUGUCCGCAACGUCAAAAAUCGAUAGAAUUGGUCAAAAAGCGGAAGCUUCUGGUUAAUGAGUAAGAAUUUAUUUUGACUUUCCGAUUUUAUAAAAUUUUUUAAAAAUUUCAGUGAAGCUAUAGACGAAUCGAAUUACGAUGAAGUUGACAUGAAAAAAAUCAAAUUGGAGGAGGAAGAGGCGCAAAUUAAACGAGAAUUGUCGAGAGAAGUAAGAUUUUCGCGAAUUCGCGCAAAAAUCGCAAAUUUUUGCAGUCAAACGCAAGUGCAACUUCAAAAGUGUCUCGAAAAGGAAGCCAAAAGAGUCAGGACUCUGAUUUCGGUGUGGAAAUUGUGGAAAAAACGGCGAAGGCGGCGCCGGUGGCAAAAAAGCAGUCCUUUUCGAUUGAUCGGCCUCGGAAAGUGAGAAACCUCUCAAAUUAUAUCAAAAAUGCUGUUUUCAUUAGAAAGACUAGCUAAAACGUAGAAUUACUGAAAAAAUUCAACUUUUCCUAAACAAUGCAGAAAUUUCAACGUAAAUUUUUUCAGUUUCAGUUCGCCGAGCGUCGCAAAGAUUCGGACCGCGAGCCGUCGCACACCGAAUCGAAUCCCUUGACGGUGUGGACGGCGUCGGACGACUUCGCGCUGAUGACCGCGGUCGGCCACGUCAGCUGCGUCCGUUUCAUCCACGCCUCGCUCCCGUUUUCCCGCAAAUUCUCGUUCGCCGACGUCGAGGAGCGCUUCUGCCAACUGAUGUACGACGAGAAGAUGGCGGCGGCGGCGAAGGAACGGAUCGCCGCACUUCCGCCCCGGCAAAGGCUCCAGAUUCAGGCGAGGACGCCGUUUUUACGAAGCGAGGAGAAGUGUCUGGUGGGCGCCGCGAUGGCAAUGCUCAAUGCACUCAAAAAGGGAGAAACGGGCGGGACCGGAGAGGCAGACGGACAUACAAUGCUGCGGAUUGAGCACUUUAAGAAGAUCCUCGACAAUAAUAAGUGAGCGGAUUGCCGUUUUUUCAGACCAAAACUUGAAAAGCACUGAAAAAGACGGAACAAUUUAGGAUCUACACCUUUUUCGUCUCUUCUCAGCCGAAAAUUUAGUUUUAAAUGGAAAGUUGGCUUUUAACGAACGUCAGAGAGCCAAAUCCGCUCAAAAUAAUGAAAAAAAUUGUCGGUUUGCUGAGGACCGUGAGAAUGACAGGAGUCGAGAAAACAGCAGGCGAUAAUUGGCCAAACAAAAAACAAACGACGAGUAUUUCCGCGCGCUCCUUCUUUUUGAUCUACGGGCCGCGAAAAUAUUACGUUUUCAGACAUUUUUUUUGAGUUUUUGGCGGAGCAUUUUGAGCUUUCACGGAAAACUAUGGCGUCACAGUUGUUCGUGUGACCAAUCGCUACACAAUGAUACCACAAAGCGCGUGAAAAACUGAAAAUUUACAAACUUCAGCAAUUCUAGACCUACCCUUGUAUCCAACGAGACUCCACUCAUAACGGCGCGCCAUUUUUGAACGUUCGCUCUCGGGAAGGCAGUGCGGCGGAUGGCAGCCAGCCGAGCGAUCGGCCGAAAAAAAAAGAAAAUCCUCGGGACGGACGGACCGUCGAGGGGAAGUACCGCAACGCGACUACAAACUACAAAACGAGUGUUUAUGAUUGACGUGUCACUCGAACACCCUUUGAUCUCUGCGACACGUGUCAACCGGUCCAUGACCCGGUCAGAAGUGCUCGCGCGAAUACCGCAACGCAGCCAGUCUCUCGGCAGAGCGAUCCUCCUCGACAUCUUUUUUCUUUCCUCCUCGUCCUCCUUGCCUGCCGUCCCGAACCGCAACGCGUCGCCCCGUGCACUCACUUUAAAGGCGCAUCCAUUUUAGUAGGUCACAAGGUCUCGCAUCGUUGCGAGACCCUUUGACCUACACGCGCUAAAUACGUGGUUCUCGGUUGUUUUUCUAGACUAUUUGAGCUUCUGCUUGCAAAAAUUCAGGGUUUCUGGGGAUCGUUUGGUUUUUUCUAGAAAUUCCACGACAAAAGCAUAAUUUUGUAUGAUUUUAGUCGAAUUUCAAUAAUAAGAUAUGUCAGUCUAAAAUCCUCGGAAUUCGACUCAAGAUGCGUUUUCAGAUCGCAGUUCCACGCGUCGCGCACCCCGCAGAUCCUUUCGGAUCACUUCCGACGGAUGAAGGGAUACCGCGAGCGGACGGAAGAGUCCCUCCACAACUGGGACUCCCUCGAGGAACCCAUCGACGGAUUCGCCGCGCCGCCCGUCGAUUUUCUCGCUCCGCUACAGUAAGUUCCCAGACAAAUUGCCAAAAAAUGCGGAGAACUCGAUUUCAGAGCGUGUUCAGAGCGAUUUCAUGCAAUUUCCCGGAAACCGCAGCUCCGCGCGAUUCUCCACCGCUUCAAACCGUCGUCGAGUGUGCCGGACAACGCGAUCGCCAUCAUUCACGGCCAAUUCCUGCAGUACGCGAUGAUCGGACGGCAGGCGGUCAUGGGAAGGGCCUCUCUGAAUGAGAAGGUCGACAUCGAUCUCUCGAAGGAGGGUCCCGCAGCAAAAGUACGAUCGUUUUCAUAGAAUUUGCAGUUUUUAAAUAAAACCUUAGACGGAAAAUCGCAGUGAAUUAUCCAAUUUUGCAGGUGUCGCGCCAACAGGCGAUCAUACGAUACGUUGCGCACGAAAACACGAAUGACGGCCAUUUUACCAUUCAAAAUCUGGGACAACGACCCAUGUUUGUGGACGGAAAACCGCUCCCACAACUCGUCGCCACCUCCCUCAAACGUGAGCAUUUUUGACUUUGAUGAACGGGCGAAGGCGAACUGUCGCUUUUCACAAAAAGGUGUCCGUCCGGCCUGAAAGUGAAGGCGGAAGACGUGAUAACGCCCGAGGGGGUACAGCUCGCAUUCUCUGUGGACAAGAAUGUGUCCGGCGGCUUGUUGUCUCAUUCUUGCAAUAAAGAAGACUACGGAGAUUAAAACUUUAUCAGCCUACACCAGAGAAUCUCUCAAUUUCUCUAAUUUUCUGCUAAAUCCACCGGGUUUUUGCAAUUUUUCAUUUGUUUGUAAAAUUUUCACCAGAAAGUUUGCAGACGCGUCGAUCAUCGAAGUGGCCUCGCUCCGUCUGAUCUUCUCGAUUCCGGUGCCACGUGUCCUCCAUCCCCUCGUCAAACAAGCGGCGAUUCAGCAGAAAAAGAGCCAGGAGCAGCAGCAGCAGCAGAAUCAGCCUAUGGCGCCCACGCAACAGCCGAGGAACUACCAGCAGUACCAGAAGGGCGUGGCCAAGAAACGGACGGCCGGGGGAGCAGUGGGAGCCACGAGAGCGCCCUUUUCGUGCGGCGGCGGAGGCGCACAGUCCGUCAUUCGAAGGGCCGAUCCUGCCGAGAAAGAACGACUGCUGAAGGCCGUCGCCGGCAUUGGACACUAGAAAAAGUGAGACGAUUUAAAUGAAAAGCUGUUGUUUUAAAUGAACAUUAGUGUUGAGCGGAAAUGAAAUUUGAAAACCCGGAAGACGGAAUUCCGCUCAAUACUGAUGAACAUGCAACUUUUUGUGAUUGACGGUGUCCAGAGCUAUACAAUUGUUCUAUCGAGGCACAAAUGAGGAAUUAUCGGUGUUUCGGGCUAAGGAGUAGGCAUGCACGUGGCAUUAAAUAAACAGAAACAGCAGGAGUGCGGCAAGGACGGGGCAAUCGGGUUAAAAUAAGAGCACGUUUAGAGAUCAACCUAGGUGGUCAGUUCGGAUUUGCGGGUGAUAUGGGGCAUUGUACGGCAGGGGGAUGGCGCCGAGCCAGCAUAGCAUCUUGCUUUUGCCGGUUGCACCUGGGCACUCUUGCUGUUUUGAACUGCCGAACAUUGUUGUAGGCUCUGGAGACCGAAACAUUGUUUGUGCCUGAUUUUUCUCAAGUUGGUUUCUUUUCAGAUUGCUCAAGAUUCCACUUCUGUCGAAAACGGGUCUCCACGCCGUCGAAUCUCUAAAUUCUCGUGUAACCUUCCAUUAUACCUUGCAUUCUCUUCAUUGUUCCCCAAUUUUUGUGAAAUAUCUGACAUUUCCCCGCUUUCUUUCUUCCUCUUUUCCUCCCACUAAAAAUGACCUUUCCAGACGCAUUUCCCACGAGAACGUUACGCGUUUCUUGGAAAGGUUUUGGAAAAACGAUUGUGACGACAUUUUCAAUUCGAAAAGAAAUUUACCCCCCAAGAAAAAAAGUAAUGAUAGGCGCGCGUUUUCCCGCAGGAAAUUAAUGCGCGACGGUGCCAAUCUGCUCACUUUUUUCUCGUCGAUUCGCAAAUGUGUAUAGUUAGGGCCGCCUGGGAUUUCUAGGCCACCGGAAAGUGGAAAUCUCGGCCACGUGUCCUUUUUGCAGAAGAAAGAAGUUGGCAAACGAGACUAACUUUUGCGGCUCGAAUGAUUUUAGUCGAGAAUUUUCAGCAUUUUGUUUUCUGUGCACAAAUUGUGAAGUACGUACAAAUACACCCCUUUAGACCCGCAACUAUAUAACAAAAACCCAAUUUUUCCGUUCUCUGAUCCAAAAAACACGCGCAAAAGUGGGCGGAGUCGGCGGAAAAAGGGGCGGAGCCUGAUAACCUCAAUAGCUAUUGUUGUAGUAUUGUGGCACUAAUCUCUGGAUUUGUUUUUUUUUCGCCUUUUCAUCCGUUCUUGUUUUGAAUGAACUAGGCCGGAUUAGCGGGAUUCGUCAGCGAUUCGAUCAAGGACAUCAUUUCGAGUUCUCUGAUUUUAUUUUCGCGAAUUUUCUGGAAAAUCCCACUUUUUCUAUUGAAAACCGCGUUUAAAGUUGACGAAAAUUUCUUGAAGGCAGGUGGACCCGAACCCAGGACCACUAGUACCAUUUUUUUUCAAGAAAACGGGGUUUAGAGUGUUUUGGACACGUUUUUGGAAGCCCAUCAUUUAUUUCGGGCAAUUAUAUGUGUUUUUGGGUAGCGGGUAGCCUUGACAAUGGCAUUUUCGAAGACACGUACUCAUUUUAGGCGAGAACAACAAAAUUCCAACUAUUCUUGUGGAAAGUUGGCAAAACACAUUAGCCAGCACGUGGCUUUGAUCCCCGGUGUCCAGAUUACUAACGGCGCCCGGGUCCACUAGGCCAUACGGCUCAUUUUUCUAAACAAAAAAUAACCCCUCUUGUUUUUGUCUUUUCACCGCAAAUUUGCUCGAAUUGUGGUGUUGCUCAUCCAAUUAUGGUCACUUGUGAAUACCAACUAGACUCUCUACUCUCUACUCUUCUCCUUUCAUUCAUUCAUACGAAAGUAGUGGCCGAUGCACCAUGUGGAAGAGAGAGAAAGACAGUUUAUGUCGAAUUUUUGCAGGAAAGGAAGAAGACGAAGAAGAUGUUGAUGAGUAAAAAGAAGAAAUGGAGCUCGACCGGCUUCAUUUCGUCGCUCGAGUCCACGCCCAACGACUUCUUCUCCCGGAUGCCCGCCUCCAUUCGAGAGGUAGUUUUGACAAUGUUUGAAGGUCCGUAUCUCGCGAACCGGUGAUUAUCUGAACAAGUGGUCAACUGAAAAAUUGUUGCAAAUUGUGUGCUGAACAACUUUGUAAUUGACCAUUUCUUUGUAAAAUUGCUUAUUCACAAGUUAUAAGCCGAUUUCUGAACAACAUUGCUCUUGAAUGAAUAGUGUUUGGGAAAAAGCUCAUAACUUUAGAAUACCUCGUUUUUGAGAAAAAUUUUCAGUUUCAAAGUUGUUAAGCACAAAAUUUGCCACAUUUUUCAAGUUAACCACUUUUCGAAAUAGCAAUCGGUUCUCGAGAUAUACGGAUCUUUAGAAAGAGUUGGACGAAAACAAGACGGCGGUCCAUAUCCUAAGAACCAAUGAUUAUUUCAAAAAGUUGUCAAUUACAUUGUUUUCAGAAACGCCUCAUUAUGCGCUUUUCCUGUACAUUAUUUAUACGGCAGAACUAUGAGAACGGAAAAGUAUCCCAAAAACAAAAAAAAAACUGAAAACAAUUUGAGUGGCAAAAGUUCGCCCCCCCCCCCCUCGAAUGAUCAUUUUUAAGUGAUUGCACGCGAAGAAGUGAUUCGAUUCUCUCAAAAUAUGAAUAAUAUUGUUCGAAACGAGAUUUUCCAUGUUUUUACUCGGAAACGCGCUGCUUUUUUUCACCUUUUUUGACUUUUCGUGACUCGCAAAAACAUUCGGCCUUUUCUUGGCAUUUUUCGGAUUUUUCAGGUUCCCAGAAAAAAGCGAGCGAUUUCACUGACAAUUGUACAUGUUUUCCGUCUAGACGUCACCGAUUCGUUUUUUUUGCACAAAACAUUUCGCAAAUAGGAAUGGUUACUCGAAUGGGGGGGGGGGGCCGAAAAACAACAAAGAAAAAGGCAAUUUUCGAGAUGAAUUCCAUUGAAAUUCGAAAUUCUCGAAUUAAUCGAUGAACCGGCACACUUUCGCCCCCCGAUUUUCGCUUCAAAUGUUCGCAGAUUAUGCACAUUUUCGGUUCGGAGCCCGGAAGAGCCAAAUAUGUUUUGGUUUCACGUAUUUUUUGCAGCUGUUUUUCGUGUGACUCAUCGCCUCGCCGGUUCCUCGUUUCUAAUUUCGGAUGCUAGGCCAUCAUUUGAGAAAGUUAGGCCAUUGACGAAAUUGUACCUGUCGGGUCCGCCCAGCCCAUCCCAGCCUUCUUUUCUUGACUCGGGAUCAGAGUUGAGCGGAAGAACUCAACGGAAGAACACGGAAGAAUUUUUUAUCUUUUUUAGAAAAUUUUUUCAUGGAAUGUGAUCAACUGAAAAAAUGUACAGCAAAGUGAAAUCUGCUCAUAGAAAAAUAAUUGUAAAUUUAACUUUUCAUACAAAAAAGUUAUUCGAGUUGUUGCGUGAAAAUGUCCUUCCGUCUGCGCUUAGCCCUUAACUUUUUUGUAUGAAAAGCUAAAUUUACAAUUAUUUUUCUAUAAGCAGAGUUCACUUUGCUCUACAUUUCGUCAAUUGAUCACAUUUCAUGAAAAAAUUUUCUAAAAAAGAUACAAAAUUCUUCCGUGUUCUUCCGUUGAGUUCUUCCGCUCAACUCUGAUGACCACGCGGAUCCUAGGCCAUCUUCCAGAUGAAAUUUCCGAAAUUUCAUCUGCAAAUCCCUUUCUUCCAUCAAUUUCGCGGGUCUUCAUUUAGACGGAAUGGGCGGGGCUUCCGAUACGAAAACAAAUGAAUUUGCCCCCGCGAAUUUUUUGGGCCAAACAAUUUUUUUUUUGCCGAAAUUUUGUGCGCACGUUUCUGGAAUUCAAUUUCACAAAACGUUUGACAAGUCCAUUCGAGCUCGUGAAUACUAAUUUUCUUCGUUUUUAUGUCGCAAAAAGUGUUUUUCAUUUCGAAUUCCCACACGACUCAAAUGUGAGUCAUAAGUGAACAAAAAAACGCGUUUUUUUUUCAAUUAGAAAAUCUCUGGUUUUGUCACUUUCGUGCGAAUUUUUCGACUGAAACGGACGAAAAAAAAACAGAAAAAUUAGAGAGGAACCGUGAGAGAGAGAGAGAGUGUGAAAACAAAAUUAAUCGGAGCCAGCACACACACUUGAGCUCGUUUUUCGCUUUGGGUUCAAAAGUUUUACGAAAAAGUGUCAAGCAACUGUAGGAAUCAGUGUUGAGCGGAAUUCCGUCUUCCGUUUUCCGUCUUCCGUGGUUUUUUUGUUCCGUCUUCCGAGAGAAACAUUUUGUUCCGUCUUCCGUAAAAAAAAUUUCUGCCGUCUUCCGUUUUCCGUCUUCCGUGGUUUUUUUGUUCCGUCUUCCGUGUUCCGUCUUCCGUGAAAAAAUUUCUUCCGUCUUCCGGAUUUCAAAAUUCCAUUUCCGCUCUCACCUCUGGUAGAAAUGCUAGGCCGCAAUUUGAGUGCAAAGCUCAGAAAAAGAGCAACCUUUUUCCAAGAAUGUUUCCCAUAAAAAAGUGCGUACACACAUGAAUAUUAAAUGAUGAAUGGUGGUUCUUUGGGGUGGCAUUUCUGGCGACUGUCACUUGACAAAUUACAUUGUUUUUUUCCGAUGGAGUUGCAUUCAAAUUAACCCCAUUUUCCUGAAUUUUUCUCUCUUUUUUGCCAAACUGCAUCUAUUAUCCUCUCUGUUUUUUGGUAACUUUUUUAGUGUUCAAAUAGUGAACCAUUUUUUUUCGUUACCUUAUGAAAAGAACGUCCAUAAUGUAAAAUACUGGUAUUUUUCGCAAAAAAAACGUAUUCAAAUGAGGAAAAAAAACCCCGGGGAAGAGGUUUUUUUUCCUAUGUGGAAACCCUGUUCGUUGCGAGACCCGUGCUAAUAAAGGCAUGCGCCUUUAAACAGAACCGGGCGGUUAUUUAAAUUGUUUAAAGGAAUAGGGUUUUUUUGCGUAAAAACCAGUCAAACAGUCGGCUGAAUAGAUCCGUAAAAAGUAAAGUGUGAGGAGGGUGCCACGUCAUCCCACACCCUCCCACUCGUUUCUUUUCGUGCGCCACCAUUCAUAAUCCGUUUUGCGCCGCCGCCGCCGCCGCCAAUGACGCUCUUCUCCUAAUUCGCCCCAAUUUUCGUAUGAAAAGAACGUGUCUGGCCAGCAUUUUCGGGGUUUCCAGACGAUUUCCGUUAUUUUAAGCGCUCGUAGGGGUGUGGAGCAUUUUUUUGAACGUAGUUGAGAUUUUUCAAAGUUUUCAAAGUGUAGAAUCGUCUAUUCUAGCGGUGUGCUCCCUUUAAUGCACCAACUACAGUAGGCCCCUUCCAUAAUUUCCGUGUUUUCCUGUUUUCCAUUAGGGAAUCCCGUUGAGAUGUGUCUGAGCACAAGGCACAAAAGUUCAGCACGUUGCCAACAAAAAUCUGCCGAAUGUACCGUUUUUCCGCCUGAAAAACAGCGACUUUAGCGAAAAAUGGAUUACGGUAGGUUCAAUUGUGUGCCAACACCGUUCAAUGCACCAUACUUGACGACAAAAACAAUUUCCGAACCAGAUUCCAAAAAUUGGGCUCAAGUUCGAUGCGCCGACAUGUCCGUGCCAUUUUUGUCUCUUUGAAGAGUUGGAAAAUGGGCGUGGCCUAACUUUUACACGACGGACACCUAGGCCACCGAUGAUUUAUGGACCAAAAACUGGAAAAUUUUACAUUUUCCUCUUUUUCUUCAUGUUAAUUAAAUCACGAGGCGACAUAUAUGGGAUUAGUUAUUUUCCUCUUUUCUUUUUCCCAUUUUUCUCUCAUUUUCGACCUCGGACACACUGAAAAACGAGAAGAGGCCGUGAAAACAGGGUCGGGUGCGAAUAACAAAUUUAUUAAUUUCCACUUUUCAUAUUUUAAGUCUCGUUCAAUUUGCCGAGCCGCGGACCAACUUUGGUUUUCUAGGCCACCGCCCGCCGAACUCGUUUUGCACUUGUUUUCAACUUUUCUACAGUGUUUUCUGGUCAAACAAACUCUUUUGGAAGUAAUUUGUUGUUCGGCACUGCCACGUAUGAUCGAAAUUUGCGAUUCUAGGUCAUCCCAUUGUAAUUUUGUUGUUUGACAGCAUUUCGCUUUGUCGCUAUGAAAAUGUACUCUUCAAAACGACAAAAAUCGUUUGGUGUCACCCGAGAAUCGAACUUGCAGCAAAAUUUUGUCAUCGAUUGGUAUUUGACUCAAAAGAUGAUGUUGGUGUGCGAAAAGAAGAUGUAAUAAAAAAUUGUGACAUGACAUGCACAAUAUUAAUUUUGACAUUCAAGACCCAGACCAUCUUUACGAGUGUUUUUGUGAAAGUGUAGACCAAAAAACAUGGGGAAUUCUAAGAGAUCAAAAAUUGCUUCACCGCGCAGCCAGUUUAUCACUGCCCUCCGCGUCUGCCCGCGGCGUGACAACCGUGGCCCAGUGGCGAACAGUUUUGCAAUUGAAUCGAUUGCCGGGUCGGGUUCGAUUCCCCACCAUUCAAAAUAUCUUCUGCGUGCCCAAUUUCCCGAGUACAACGGCAAUGUUCUCUCCUCUAACACGUUCGUUUUUUCAGAUGUUCGAUCAGUUGCCCGACAACAACACGUCGCCGCAGGUGAGCGCAUAAACAUUGUUUUUCUCGCCCGAAAAACAAUGCAUCAGUUUCAGGCGAUGGAGCAGCCGUCGUUGGAGAUCAUGCUCCUCCACCAUCUAAUUAUCAUUCUACUCACUCUUUUCGGAAACACGCUACUCGUCUACGUGAUUUACAAGAAUAACAAGGUGCUGCGCCGGAAACGCGUCACGCCCGUCCAGGUACUGUCCGCUUUUUUCUUGAGGAUUUUUGUCUCCAUGGCACGGUCUCCCACGGCGCGAAUGAUGAUUCAAUGGGGCGCACUUGCAACAGGCGGGCUGUGUCGAUUUACGCGGCGGCGGCCGAUUAAUUAAUUUUCAACGGGAGUUCGCGUUCUUUCCAUGUUUUCUGUACAAUACACCUAUUUUUUUGUACGCCUGGAACCUGGCGUCGAAUAAUUAGAGCACUAGCUACGUUUUGGUAACAGAAAUCUCGCAUAUCGUUGAGAAUUAGCCGAGUUAUUUCGAUUUGAACGUUUUGGCCUGGAUUUUGAUGUUUUUCGAAUAGUUUUCGCGAAAAGUGCUCAAUAAAACUAACCGCCGGAACCUGAAUUUUGUGAAGAAAGAUUCAGCGAACAUUUUUAUCGUUCGUUGGGCUCAUGAAAUGCAAAAUGAGCUGAAAUAUAAAGGUUUGAAGUUUUGACGAAAUGCGAAAAACAUGAAAAACUCUAAAUUCUGUAAAUAACGGUUUCCAACCGGUAAAAUAUUGUUUUCUAGACGUUUUUCAAGUCAAAAAGAAAGAAAUAAAGGUCGUAAACUCGAAUUGAACUCCAUUUUUAGACCUGCAAAUUUUCAAAAGUUACAACGACACUCCGCAAUUUACGAGCGCACUGUGUUUAGCAUUAGCGCCCUGGGAGACCGUGCAUGGUGCAUUGAAAACCGGCCAAUUUGCAGAUGCUCAUGCUGCACAUGUGCGCCGCCGACAUCCUAUUCGCCGUGAUUUCCGUCGGACCGACCAUGGCGAUCACCGCCACCGUUCCCUACUUUUACGGGCCGAAUUGGUUGUGCAAACUCACCAAAUUCCUGCAAGUCAUCCCAAUGUACGCCUCCUCGUUCCUUCUCGUCGCCAUCAGUGCCGAUCGAUAUCAGGUGAGCGUUUUUCGUUUUUUGGAAAUGAACUUGACAAUAUGAGCGUGGCCUCGGCGGCCAAAUGGCAUUUUCAUGAAUUGAGCACGUUCUCUCUGAUUUUUGUGGUCAAAGGCGAUGAAAAAUGAUUGUUCGGCAUGAAAACACACUAAUUCUCAGAAUUAAUGACGUUUUGGCGCAUUUUUCGCCGACUUUGCUUUUUCGCCUUCGCCGCCGAUCGCCGCCUAAAAAGCGCACUUCUCAUUUUGCGCUUUCUUGACCGUUUUCAGAAAGAAUUGGUUUUGAGAAUGAUAAAUCACGAAAAUACAAGCAUUUUGAGCGCUCGAACCGCGAAAAUGACCGAAAAGCGACUGAAAUUCACGCAGUUUUAGCCAAAAACCUUCAAACGGAUAAAUGUGAUUUGCGACUUGACCAAAUUUGACGCUCUUGCGCUUAAAAAAUUCGUAAUAGCCUAUAAAAUCAGUCUAUCGAGAGACAAAUGAGAAAUUAUCGAUUUUUCGUGGCUAAUCUCGCAAAAAACACAAAUUUUGCUGUUAAAAUUUGAAUUUCGCGCCAAUCUCCAAUCCGUUUUCAGGCAAUCUGUCGCCCGCUGGCCUCGAUGAAAUCGUCGGCCUACAAUCGUCCGGCGCUGUACUCGGCGAUCGCGUGGACCGCCGCCAUCCUCUUCAGCACUCCACAAUUGUACCUGUUCGAGAAACGAGACGGCGAUUGCCACGAGAACUACACCGAGGACUACCAGUACCCGCUGUACGUGUGCCUCUUCAACUCGGUCGUCUGGCUUCUGCCCUCCGCCAUCGCCGGAUACCUCUAUUUGUGUGUGUGCAAGGCCGUGUGGAAGAGCACCUCGUUCACGAGUUCGCUGCGAAACAAUAUGAAGCAGAAGAUCGAGCACUUGAAGUUGGCGGCGGUGAACGGCGGAAUGCAGGCGCAUCACAAAGGUAUCCGAGACGGUUUCCAAUGCUCUAGGCCAUCGAUUUCUCUUUCAGGCGCCACAAUGCAGUGCGUCGAGCUCGAUCGUCGUCGCGUUCAAACCGUGAAACUGACGCUCACCAUCGUCGCCGCCAAUUUCCUGUUAUGGGCUCCAUUUUGCAUAACUUCCGUCAUCGACGCCCUCUGGCCGUAUGCGAUAAGUGAGUGAGCACCUGUGUUGAGCGGAAUUCCGUCUUCCGUCUUCAGUCGAUUUUUUUUGUUCCGUCUUCCGUCUUCCGUCGAUUUUUUUGUUCCGUCUUCCGUCUUCCGUGGAUUUUUUGUUCCGACUUCCGUCUUCCGUGGAUUUUUUGUUCCGUCUUCCGUGGAUUUUUUGUUCCGUCUUCCGUCUUCCGUGGAUUUUUUGUUCCGUCUUCCGUCUUCCGUGGAUUUUUUGUUCCGUCUUCCGUGGAUUUUUUUGUUCCGUCUUCCGUCUUCCGUGGAUUUUUUGUUCCGUUUACUAGCCCCGAAGAACGCGAAUUUCCACGGGCAAUGACCCAGAUCCAAAAUUUUUGUUGUUUAGUUUUUUUUUUCAAAAAAAAACCGGGGAAAAAUGCUCUGAAUUGACGAUUUUUUUGUUCCGUCUUCCGGGAGAAAAAGUUUUCUUCCGUCUUCCGUAUUCCGUGUUCCGUAAAAAACAUUUUUUUCCCCCCAAGACGGUGGCCUAGAAACCGACCCAUUCGGAUUUCUAGGCCACCGCCCAAAUUUGCACUAGAAAGUCGAAAAAAAAGCGGUGACGUAGAAUUGGGUGUAGAUUUUGAAUUUCCGGUUGUUUUUUUCAGAUUCCACCUUCGCCACGUACAUUAUGUUCUUCGGCAACCUGAACAGCUGCAUGAACCCGUGGCUCUGGUUCCAUUUCAAUCGGACCCAGUUGCGGAGGGCGUGUCCGUGCGGAAAAUCAUCGGAACCGCUCAUCCAAUCGUUAGUUUACGUUCAUGUGAUGACCAGUGAAAACCAGAGUGAUUUCUAUUGA